CCCAACGUCAUGGCCAUAUGUUUUUUACCAAAGCGCGCUCACUUUAUUAUGCUCGUGGAUUCUCCGUACUGCGAUUUCUCCGACAGCGGUUGAAGUCAAAGAGGAGAGGGACGUUUAUUCGUUCCCGCCGAUUCGUGGAGAGUGCUUCGUCAAUGGAGGAAGAUGCCAUAAUAUUCACUGAAACAGCCUCUUACCAAACCCUAGUCUCCAUCAGAGCACUCAUAAUCAACCCACACACUUCCGACUCCGUAAUAUCGUCGGUGUUCGAAUUCCUGACUCGUCUUCUUUCGCUCGGCGGCGACUCUGCGGUUGUCCGCCACGUCCUCAAGCUCCUCUCCGACCUCGCUUCCCGGCGCCAAGACUUCGCCCCUAGGGUCUUCGACUCCGUCCGUUCCAACUUGCUCCGCCUCCCAACCGCUGAGUCGCUCUCCGUGCUCGUGUCGAUAUCGGAGAGGAUCCCUUCCCUCGGCCCGGCACUUUCCGAGAUCGAUGGCGAGGUGUUUGCGUCGAUAUGCCUCGGACAACAGCCUGUCUCCGAUCGUUUGUGGCUGGGGAGAAACGCGGAGAGAUUCAAUGUGCCGUCGUCUCUGCUUUUGACCAUGUUUCUAGGGUUUACCAAGGACCCAUAUCCGUUAAUCAGGAAAGCAGCUCUAGACGGACUGGCUAACCUAUGUAAGACUGGUGAUAUCGAUCAAGGUCAUGCCGUCGAAGGUUGCUAUUCCCGUGCCACGGAGCUUCUGGGCGACGCAGAAGAUAGCGUCAGGGCUUCUGCAGUUUGCGCUGUAGCCGAGUGGGGAAAACUGUUGAUAGCAUCCAAGGAAGAGAUUGACAGAAGUGGGUGCACAGAUGCUGUGGUUCUCCAGCUUUGCUCUAUGAUAAGAGAUAUGAGUGUAGAAGUGAGAACUGAGGCCUUUAAAGCGCUCGGAAAGAUAGGAACUGCAUCUGAAGGUGUCUUACUACAAACACUGUCUAAGAAAGUCCUCGGAGGCUCAAAACAGAAGAAACCACAAAAUCAUGGCUCCAAUGAAUUGCCUGAAGCCAGUGUUGCUGGUGCCGCUGGAGUUUUUAUCCAUGGUCUUGAAGACGAAUUUUACGAGGUACGAGAAGCAGCAGUUGAAUCUUUGUGCUCCCUCUCGGUUCAUUCUAUCAAAUUUUCCACUGAAGCUAUGAACCGAUUGAUGGAUAUGCUAUAUGAUGAUAAUAUGGCUGUCAGAUUAAAAACUUUAGAGACAAUGCAUCAUAUGGCAAAUUUUGGCAAACUGGAGAUGCACAACACUUACGUGACCGCUUUUCUAGAUGCUGUUGUUGAUAGCUUUGAGAAUAUAAGAUCUGUAGCAAGAAAAGUUCUCAAACUGGUAAAGCUACCUGAUACUAAGCUGUUCAAACAAUGCAUUGAAGGCAUCCUCAAAAGUUUAGAGAUGUAUCCACAGGACGAACCUGAUGUCCUCUCUGCUCUGUUCCAUAUGGGUCAAAACCAUGCAAAUUUCUCAGCCAAUGUGGUCAAGAUAGUUAGUCAAGAAUUGGAAGCAGCUUCUUCAAAUAAAUCUGAAUUCAGCGGCAGACGGGUAGCUGCUUUUCUGGUGCUGGGUAUCUCGGCACCCCUCUCAAACAAAAAGAGCAUCACUUCCAUGUCGCCUCAGAUAUUUUCUUAUUCUUUCGCAAUGUUGGGGAGGUUUUCUCAUGCACUCAGUGAUGUGAUGGACCAAGAUACGCUUCUGGCUUACUUAUCCCGGUGCAAUCUUCUUUCUGGUUCUUCUGGAGCAGAGUUCGACAAAAAAGAUAUCUUCUUUCAUGUGUAUAAGCAGAAUAAUGCAUAUCUUUCGAGAAAGCCCUCCCUACUAACAAAGAAUGAUGCACCUGAGAGUGAAAGUGCGGCUUCAAUAUCACAAACGAAAGCGGAGAAUUCAGAUCCGGCAGUGAAGUCUAUAAACCUUAUUCUGUCAAAAAUCAAGGUUGCGUGGUCUAUAUCACAGUCAGGAUGCACGAACGAAGCACUCCGAGCAUUGAGGGCAUGCAAACGGGAGGUUUCCACUUUUACAACUGAAUCUGCAGACUCUGCCAGUGUAUUAGAAUUUCUGCGUCAGUAUAUCACGGCGUUAAAACUUCUCAUUAGGGUGUGGCCUUACUUUGAACACUCGAGAACACUUGGCCUGUGUAACUCUGUGAAAACAGAACUCCUGAUGGGAAAACUGGAGGCAAAGCUGAUGGAGAUAAUGUGUAGAUCCGUAGACCUGUCUCCAACAGAGGAGUCACAUGUCAUGGAGCUCGUGAUACUUUGUCACUUGCUAAAACUCUCUAAACUAGAGAUCUGCUGCAGCCUGAGCACCAUGGAAAAACUCUCUUCAGCAGUGGCUCGUUUAGAACUCCUACAUGAACAGCAGGGCACCAUACCAUCAGAUUUUCUCAUUGAAACUACAAAGGCAUUGAAAGGGAUUGGCAGCUUUGGUGAUGUAAGGGCGCUUGGUUUGAACAAGUUAAUCAAUUUCUUCUCCCUUGAGCAGAUGACCAUUUCGGGUGAUCUCAGGUGGGUCAGUGCAGAACUGGAGGUUCCUGGUAAUAGUCCUUACAAUCCGAUAUCAUUUGUGAAUGGAAUACCGGUGGCUAUACCAUGUGAGAUCACUUUGCGAAACGUGUCAAGCGAGAGGCGGUUGUGGCUUAGGAUAAGCAGAGGAGAUGAGACCGCACAGUUUGUGUUCUUGGAUCCGAGACUCUACAAGGGCGGUAAUGGUAAGGAGGACAAAAGAUUCAAGUAUAGUGCAGUGGUUUAUGGAAGCCCGAGGGCAGCGUGUUUGAAGCUGAGGAUCUCUGUGGGGAUGGAAUCUGUUCCUGAAGAAGACGUAUGUUUAGCGGAAAGGGGUCAUAAACAUCAUCAUCUGUCCUAUCUGUGUAGUGAAAGAGAAGUCCACCUCUCUCUCGUUUCCAGAACGUGAGACCCUUAAUAGAGUUUAUAUUAUGAUUGGCGUUCUGUUCUGACACCACCGGUUGCGAGUGAAAUGCAUCACCUCUGUUUUAAGUUACCAUGCGAGAAGCAUUGGAUUCACCUUCCGGAUGAUCGAGGCCUCUCCAUAUUCCUGGAAGGGGGAUGAUGAUGAUGAUGACAAUUGAUGACUCCAGCAUUUUUGCAGCUGCUGCCUCCUUCGAAUCCAAUCUCCUUUUACGCUUCUUUCUGAGAGUGCCAAAAACAGAAGAAAAAAAGGAAUAAAUAGCAUCAUGCCCCCCUACACAGAAAAGGAUCUUGUGUGUAUGUGACAUGUGUAUAUGUAAAUGUAAAAGACCCCCAAAAUGUUUUUUUUUUGUUUUUGUCUUUUUGGUGGGUUACUUAAAUAGGUGUCUGGCUCUCUGGCUGCUGCUGGGGAUACUUUAAAUUCUCCGCUGCCUUUGAUCUGUCCUUCGUUGAAGCUACACUUCAUUUGAUAGGACAUCAAGAAAGCUUACCAGUCCAGAA